CGUCUACAAUAAUUUGCAAAUUGCAUCAGAACGGCUCAGACGGACAGCAUGCUCCGCAGAUUGCCAGCGUUUCUGUGUUGGAGUUUUACCACAGCUUUCCUAUUCGCGGAUUUCGGACACGUUAUUGUAACAUUUUAGAUUAUUUUGCCACAGAGCAAAUGUUACCGAAAAUAUUUUUGACAAGUUUUUCCAAAAAACUCGUUAGGAAGAAAAGUCAAGCUUGGUUUAAGUCGAGUGUUAACCAUGUGCUUGGCACAACCGCUUGACAUUUAAAUUGGGGCCACUCUCCCGCGAACUUUUAAAUUGAACUAUUGCAAGUAUGGUGGAUAAAGGUCCUCUGUUAACUUCUGCAAUCAUUUUUUAUUUGUCCAUCGGGGCUGCAAUAUUCCAAGUUCUUGAGGAACCGAACUGGAAACUUGCUGCAAAACAAUACCAUGUACAAAAGGAUAAAAUACUUAAAGACUACCCCUGUCUCACCAAAUCUGACUUGGACAGGAUCUUGGAGGCAGUGUCGGAAGCUGCCGGGCAGGGUGUCACCAUCACCGGCAGCAAGACUUUCAACAAUUGGAACUGGCCCAAUGCUGUCAUCUUUGCUGCUACAGUCAUCACAACUAUAGGUUAUGGCAAUAUUGCUCCAAAAACAACAGCAGGACGGGUAUUUUGCAUCUUCUAUGGGCUCUUCGGGGUGCCGCUCUGUCUUACCUGGAUCAGUGAACUUGGAAAGUUCUUUGGUGGCAGGGCUAAGCACUUGGGUCAGUACUUAACCAAGAGAGGGGUUUCACUGCGAAAGGCCCAGUUUACCUGCACAGCCAUCUUUGUCUUAUGGGGCGUGCUUGUUCACCUGGUCAUCCCUCCAUUUAUAUUUAUGUCUCAAGAGGGUUGGACAUAUGUGGAGGGCUUGUACUUUUCCUUUGUCACCUUGACCACAAUUGGGUUUGGUGACCUUGUAGCAGGUGUUGAUCCAAAUGCAGACUACCCCACACUCUACCGUUACUUUGUAGAGGUGUGGAUUUACUUGGGUUUGGCCUGGCUCUCACUCUUCUUCAACUGGAAGGUGCGCAUGGUUGUCGAGGCCCACAAAGCUCUGAAGAAACGACGGAAGCGGCGCAAGCUCUCCCUGGAUGAGCUGAGGCACUGCAAGGAGAGCCACAAGGCCCUCAACCUGACACCCACCACAAACAAUGUUAACAUCUUCAGCUUUCUGUCCAAGAAGCAGGAGGGCUACAAUGACCUCAUCAAACAGAUUGGUGCCAAGAAAGAGGGCAUUGAAGACCAAAGCGAUGCUAAUGCUGCCAGCAACAUGCCCAAAGAGGUCAAUCGCUCCAAGAACUGCAGUGACGCAGUUACCUGCAGUGGGCACACUAUUCUCAGCUUGGACCGCUCACCACGGCAGAAGCGGCGCUACAGCUUUAGUGACUGUGUCUCUGUGGCCUUUUCAAAGUCCAGGAACUACAUCUUAGGCUCGGAGAAUGGGAUGCUACUCACCGAGGACCAUGGAGAGGGGGUUUUGGACGGAGACCAGGAGAGUAUGUUCGAAAACCAACUGGACAAAGAGGUGGACAAGGAGAGGGGUGAUUGCAUUGGAGUUUGCCAUAUUGGCAGCCGUCGUCCAUGGGCCUCCAAAAAGAAUCAGUCCCUGAUCUUCCAGAAUGCAAACAUUACUUUUAUUGAUGAGGAUAACUUGCACAACUACAACCUGGAGGAUGAUUACAACGAUGAAGAAGCCAAGUUGUCAAUCACUACAUGUGAUGAGAAUGUUGAGUCGGAAACCGACACCAAAGAGGAGCAGGACUCUGAAUCAGAAGGUUCUGUGUUUACUAGUGAUGGGUCAGAACAUGGCCACUCAUAUGAGAAACUUGCGGACGAGUACUCAAAGGAGGACAACACAGAGUCUUGAAAAACUGAACAGUAAUUUGGAUCCUUCCUAUGUCUGAGCCAAGAUUUUGGUCAGAGUUGUUAAAGUUGAUGAUUGCGAUUACGACUGUUUUGGUAAAAGGAAAAAAAAUAUUUCAGGCUUUCCCUAGCCACAUUCUCUUUGGGAAACUUAUUUUUAAAGUAAAAGUUAGUAAAUACAUUUUCUUUAAAUCACUGGCAUAUUUUUAGAUGAGUGGAUAUUUUUUUUAAACAAAGUGCAAAGCAAACAAAUAAAAUAUAAAUUCUUCAUUUUAUGUUUUUUACUUGUAAAACAAAUUGUUGCAAGUAUUUGAAAAUGGUAGACUACAGUAUACGUAUAUUGGUGUAUGCAUGGUAGUUCUGCCCAUGAUCAAUUCUGUUGCUGUCAAAUGACAAUAGUUAUGUCUAGUAACGGGAUAUGUCUAAACCAGAUAAUUACAUUGAUUUAGAAUGUCACUCGUGCUAAAAUCAAUUAGUGAUUUUGUUAAAUAUUACCACAUUCUUUUAAAAAUGUACCCAACAGGAUAAGUAAUUUCUCAAGUAACAUGUCUGCUUUAUUUACUGGAAUGGAAUAAAGAUGUGUAGGGCCUCUU